GCCAGUAAAAUUUUGACACACACUCUCCAUCUGAGACACAUAAAGCUACAAACUUUCAGUGACACCUUGUAUUCCAUACCUGAGCGCAGGUACCAGAGCAGGUACUCGGACACAAACGCCAACAUGAGGACGCACACGCUUCUGUCCAUAACCCUGCUGGGCCUGCUGCUGUGGGCCUCCUGCACCCGAGCUGACGACACGGACGCCAAACAGACAGAAACACAAGAAGACACAUCAGAGGAGACUCCAGGAGAGGAGGAGGAAACCAAAGAGGCACCAAAGAAAGAGAAAACAACAGAGAUAGAGGAGGAGAAAGACGUGAUGGUUCUCCACAUCAACAACUUUGCCAGAGCUCUCAGCGAGAAUCAGUAUCUCCUGGUCGAGUUCUAUGCUCCCUGGUGUGGCCACUGUAAACAGCUGGAGCCACUUUAUGCAGAGGCUGCUGGGAAGCUGAAGGAGGAGGGAGCAGCGAUGCGUUUGGCCAAAGUGGACGCCACAGAGGAGAAGGAGCUGGCCGAAGAGUUUGACAUCGGAAGUUUCCCCACUCUGAAACUGUUCGUCAACGGAGACCGCAAACAGCCCGUCACCUACACUGGUAAGAGAACCGCCGAGGGAAUAAUCGGGUGGAUGAAGCGUCGUGCAGGCCCUGGGGCUCCAGUGCUCGACUCUGUCGACUCUGCAGCUCAGUUCAUAGACUCCCACAACAUCACUGUUGUGGGAUUCUUUGAUGAUCUUGAAAGUGAGGCGGCCAAGGUGUUCAAGGAGCUUGCUUUGGAUAUUACUGACACAGAGUUUGCUGUGUCAGCGAGUCCGGAGGUUUUCCAGAAGUAUGAAGUAAAAACCAGCUCAGUGGUGCUUUUUAAAAAGUUUGAUGACGGCAGAGCAGACUUUUCAUUGUCAGAGGACGGGAAGUUGGACAAAACAAGUCUGACCACCUUCAUCAAGGAAAACAGCCUGGAGCUCAUCAUCCCGUUCAGCCAGGAGUCUGCAGAGAAGAUCUUCACCUCCAGCAUCCACAUGCACAGCCUGCUGUUCAUCAACUCCUCUGUGGAGAGUCAGAAGGCCCUAGUGGACCAAUCCAGGACCAUCGCCAAAGAGUUCAAGGGAAAGAUGCUGUUUGUUGUGAUCGACGUGACAGCAGCUCUGUCUCAUGUGCUGAAAUACUUCGGCGUUUCCGAGAACGACGCCCCCACCGCACGCAUCAUCGACAUGGACACAGAAAAGAAGUUCACCAUCGCUGCAGGAGAUCUCACCACAGAUUCACUCAGACAGUUGUGCCAGGAGGUAGUGGACGGCACUGCCAAGCCCUACUAUCGGUCUGAGGAGAUCCCAGAGGAUUGGAAUAAAGGACCAGUCAAAGUCCUGGUGGGGAAGAACUUUGAGUCCGUUGCUCUGGACCCAACAAAAAACGUCUUUGUGGAGUUCUAUGCUCCAUGGUGUGGACACUGUAAGGAGCUGGCUCCUAUCUGGGAACAGCUGGCCGAAAAGUACGCUGACAAAGAUGACAUCAUCAUAGCCAAGAUGGACUCCACGGCCAACGAGGUCGAUUCUGUCACCGUUCAAGGAUUCCCAACGCUUAAAUACUUCCCAGCUGGUGGCAAAGAGGUGGUCGACUACAUUGGAAACAGGGAUCUGGAGACUUUUUCUAAGUUCCUGGAUAAUGGAGGAGUGUUGCCUAAAGAGGAAAAUGAUGAUGAGGAAGAUGAGGAGGCUGAUGAAGAGGAGGCCGACGAGUCAGCAGAGGUACCGACCAACUCAACAUCUAAAGAUGAGCUGUAAUGUCACUUUGGUUUUAGGCCAAUCAGGAUCAACCUAGCAUCUUCCAAUUUUUCUUAAUAAAAAAAAAAAAUUUGGGUUACACACA